ACAAAAUUUACUACCGCCAAUAGUUGUGGUCUAAUUACUCGGUCAUAGAGUCUGUAGUAUACGAGACUAAACGUAAAACAAUCUCAUCAGUAUAGUUACAUGCAUAACAACUGUUAUCACUUGUUGUCUGAUGCGGAAGUCAAGUCCUUCCGUAAACAAUUGUUAGAUUUUUACGAGAAUACGAAAAGGAACCUCCCUUGGCGUAAGGACCCAUAUAAACCUCCUCAGAAAGAUGACCCAGAUGACCGUAAAAAAUUAGCUGUGCAAAGAUUCUAUGAGGUGCUAGUCUCGGAAAUCAUGCUGCAACAAACUCGUGUGGAGACAGUAAAACGAUACUACGACAAAUGGAUGAAAACUCUCCCUACCAUUCUUCACUGUGCCCAAGCAGACUACGAUACUGAGGUAAUGCCUCUAUGGUCCGGGAUGGGAUUUUACGGCAGAUGCAAACGACUUCACAGUGCCUGUAAAUACUUAGCAGUACUACCAGCCGAGGAGAUUCCAACGUCUCCAGAACGACUGGCUAAAAAUGUCCCUGGUGUAGGUCCUUACACUGCUGGGGCGGUCCUAAGUAUCGCUUGGGGAAUCCCUACGGGAGUUGUGGAUGGUAAUGUUCAGAGGGUUUUAAGUCGGUUGCUCGCCUUGCAUUGUAACGUUACGAAAGGCAAACCUAAUGCUUUCGUUUGGCAAAUGGCAAACUUGUUAGUAGAUCCGAACUUUCCAGGCAAUUUUAAUCAAGCGCUAAUGGAAUUAGGUGCUGUCACUUGCACACCACAAACAUUUAACUGUCCCGGUUGCCCCGUUUCUAAUAUUUGUAAAGCUUACCAAGAAAAGAUAGCAAUUGAGCAAACGGAUAAUAGUGUACGAGACGUUGAAGACAUCAUUUGUCAAUCACACCAGAGCAUUAGUAAAAAUACAUGUGAGAUAUGCUCACUGUGUGAACCGGAUCCGCCCUAUACAAGUGCAGAAAUUUGGAUUCAAUCUCGUUAUCCACUGCGGCCGCCAAAAGUGAAGCAACGAAUAGAGAGAGCCAUUGUUGUGGUGUUUCAGAGUCAAAACUCAGAAACGGACGAGAAAUAUUUCCUUAUACGUAAACGCCCAACAGGCGGACUACUAGCUGGCUUGUGGGACCUUCCUACAGUUGAAAUUGGCGAAGAUCCUUGGCCAAAAGAUAUGCAACUUGCAUUUGACAAUGCACUUUCAAGUUGGAUAUCUUCGGAAAAUCGUCAGUAUAUAAAAAAGUAUCAAUCGUGCGGUCGAUCAACGCAUAUAUUCACUCACAUCCAUAAAACGAGCCAUGUGUUUUAUGUUCUCGCCGACCAGAAACUUCAAGUGCAAAAAGAGUUUUAUUGGAUUUCCCAGAGCGACUUGGAGCACGUUGGUAUGUGCGAGCUUGGUCUUAAAAACUAUAGAGCUGCGCUUGAGCUUAGGAAACGCAAGGUAUCGAGUUUGAAAGACCAUCGUCGAACACUGUUAUUACCUGCGUUUUCUCAAAUGAAAGAAAAGGCGGUGUAGAAGCUGUACUGUAAUUUUAGAAUGUAAUUUUUAAGGACAUUACUUAUGUGAAGUUUGAAGUUUGGCCUUGAGCUCUUCGCGUAACUUUGUUGGGAAAUAAUCAUUAUUCCACAGUGCAAUCUCACCUCCAAGAAUUCUCGUAGAUGCGGGUGUGAGAAGACAAACACCUCGAUGAA